AUGGCCCACGAGGGGCCUGAAUUUCUGCCAAGACUGACCGCCGCGUUUGUGGAGCUGGGGACCCGAGAUGUCCUCGAAACUCGGGAGUUUGCAGACGCCUGUGUCACGGUGCUCCCCAUCUUCAACUACCUGGGCAGCGUCUUCCUGAUUGCAAGGAACGAGUUCUCCUCCAAGAACAACACGGUGACCGUGAAGAACAGUCCCGGGCGGAACUUGCACCGACUCAUGAACUCCAUCCUCUUCAUCAGCCUCAUCUUCCAGAACCUGGCAAACGGCCAGGCCAUGAAGGAGGCUGUGGCAGAGUCUUACGAACGCUCGCUGGCGCCCAUGCACACGUGGGUGGUGCGCGCCGGGAUCAAGACCGGGAUGAUGGCGCUGCCGACGAGGGAGGACUUCCUGCGGGCCCUGGGCGAGACGGAGUCCAGCGCGCUGACCCAUAUGCAAGCCUUUGUGAAGGCCACGGAGCGCGUGGUGCAGGAGAUCGCGCGUCUGUACCAGGGAGUGACGAUGCCCAGGUCCGACUUCACUUUCUCUUGGUGGCAGUGA